AUGUCUUCAGAUUCGCCUAUCGUUCAGGUACCAGAACCCGAAGAGACGUACAACAGCCAAGACCUCAUCUAUUCAGCACAGCAGCAGCAGCCACAACAACCACAGCAGCAGCAAAAUGACCAGAUGGACGAAUUUGAGAAUCAUGACGCUAUUCCUCAGAAAUUAAAGCUAGACCUCAGAGGAACUCGUAUGGAACUCCACAGAGACACAUUGGUUAAUUUACCCGAGAGCCUGUUAAUUGCCAUGUUUCCCAAUGGCCUCGUUUUAGCACGACCACCAGACGAAUACGAGGACGAGGACGAGGACGAAGAAGAGGACUAUGAUGGACUUUCACGCCAUUCAGUUGGCGUUGACGAGCAAGUAAACCUCGUGGAUUUCGACCCUGCUUGUCUGGAAUAUGUACUCAAGUUUUAUACACACGCGGCUCAAGUUCGGGACCAAAACCAACAAGAUGCCGAUCUGCAGAGACUAUUAACAGCAUCAGCAGCAUCGUCGCCCGUCUACUACACACUCUUGACAAAGCAGCCCAUCAUUGUACUGCGUGAGGAACUAGAAUACUUUUGUCUGCCAACGGAAAAGAACCAAGAUGCAAAGCAUUUGAAGCUGGAAUCAGGCAAAUACCUCCAGGAACAUGAUCAUAUCUUUGACGCAUUGCAAAAGAACAUUUCAAGGGAGAACAACGUCGCUGAGCAGCACCUGAUUGAUAUGCUGUGCGAUGCAGGCUUCCAGAGAGAUGAUCGAUGGGGAUACCGUGAAAUUGAGCCAUUAAAGACCACAAUUGUCAGUAUGGCGCUUGUGCUGCUCAAGACCAUUGGACCCAACAACCACAUGGCAACAGCGCAAAAGCUAUUUUUGUUUUGGAGAAAACCAGCACGCAAAUGUUGGUGGGAUGGUAAUACAGUGGAAUUAAAGGAUCAGACAAUCCGCCUAUGGGCAAGGAGAACUUGGACAUUAGAAUUAGCUUUGGUUUAA